AAGGGUGCUUAAGAAAUGUCCUUACAGGCAGCCUUCAGAGACGUCAAGGGCUGAGCCCGAGGUCACACAGCCCACGGGCACGGAGCUGGCACCCGGCACCGCCCCAGGCCGACGCGCAGCGACAGUGGGUGCCAGCUUAGGGUCCCCGGCAGGGACUCACAGAACACCUGUGUGCGGCCGCCACCCACGCAAGCCAAUGGAACGGCUCCUGGGUGCUGAAAUUCAAAUCACGUCCACCCCGGGGAACAGGGAGAUCGGCCGGAUCCCAGCCAGCUCGGGGCUCGGAUCUCAGCCCCCUCUGGAGCCUCCGGACCGGGGAGGAAGCCACUCCGGAUGGAGAGCGAAGCGGCGGCCGAGGAGGGCAGGCAGCCCUUCCUCCCGGGGGAGCGGGGCGGCCCGGCGGCCACAGGGAACCUGCAGAGGGCGGUUCGCUGCUCUUUUCCUGUCCCACCCAGCCGGCCCGGCCCCCACCCCCUCGGCCGGCCUCGGCAGGAGCUCCGCGCGUCCCUCGGCCCGGUCUCCCAGUCCGCGAACGCAGCCGUGCCCGGCCCGGGUCGAGUUCCAAAGGACGCGCAAGGACAGAUGACCACUCCAAUUCUGGAAGCCCCUGGGGCCCUGUCCCCCGAAGCUGAAGAAGCCAGCACAGCACUCAUUGCAGUGGUUAUCACCGUGGUCUUCCUCACCCUGCUAUCCGUGGUGAUCUUAAUCUUCUUCUACCUGUACAAGAACAAGGGCAGCUACGUGACCUACGAGCCUGCGGAAGGCGGCGAGCCCAGCGCCGUGCUCCAGAUGGAGAGUGACUCGGCCAAGGACAGAGAGAAGGAAGAGUAUUUCAUCUAAGGAGUCCUGGGCCCCAGGGGCUCAGCCCUGUCUCCUGUUGAUUCGGUGAAGGUUUUCUGUGAAGCCAGUGAGAAGCGGAUUGAUGUGGGCAGAUUCAAACUCCUUCCGGGACAUAGGCACAAGUGCUGGUGUGGCUGAUUCCAGGGACGUGGAGAGAGCUGCCUGGGAUGUCUUCAUUACAGAGCCUGUGUGCGUGCCUGGCUAAAACAGGGAGCCCUGGCACAAACGCCUGGCCAUGUUCACUUUUCUCACAGGUUGAUGAGAGUGAGAAAGAUGGGGGUCACUCCCUGCUCCAUCCUGUGUCCUGCCUGGUUGCGUAGCAAUAGCCCCAGAGGAAAUACUGGCCACGGAGCUUCCCGUAGGCGGGAUCCCACCAUGAAAAGCCUGGCCGGGGCGGAGGAGACAAUGGAGACCUUAGUUCUGACAAAUGUACAUCCCUUCCUCUCCUCAUUCCCCAACAACCUCAAGCGUAAGGCCAUUUUUAUCUGUAUUAAAAUGUUCAAUAACUCAGACUCUCA